AUGAGUGCAUUUAGUGCUGAGUGGCUGUGCGCGGAGAAGAGUAACGUUCCGAAGCAAAAGAGAAAAGUACAUCGCAUCCACAAGCUACCCCACUUCCUCGCUAACCCCGCCAGAAUCGCCGAGGGCCAGUUCUACGAAGCUCAUCAACAGCUCCGAGUGAUCGCCUCGCGCUACGUCAAGGCGCAAGACUGGGAGAACGCGACAUCGAUUCUAUACUCCGGUGCCCAGUCGCUUCUCCAAGCAGGUCAGGGUGGAUCUGGCGGCGACCUCUGCAUAUUCCUCCUCGAUGUCUUCAACAAGGGCGAAGUAAAGCCAGAUGCGAGCAGUAAGGGAAAGCUAUUGGGUCUGCUGAGAGCAUUCCCAAAAGAUGAGCCGACCAAGAAGAAAUUCGUGGGCGAGAUGAUAGCGUGGAGCUCAAAGUUUGGGGAGUAUCCCGCAGGCGACCCGGAGAUACAUAAUGUCGCGGGAAGCUUGUAUGCUGAGGAACUCGAGCCAUACGAAGCCGAGCGUCACCUUCUACUCGGCAACCAAGACUCCCCCUCCACCCUCGCCUCUCUCGAAUACGCCUGGUACGAAGCCGACGAUUCACAUACCGCACCGCUAUACUGCGCCCGUGGCGUCCUCCCCUACCUUCUCACCGGCAACCUCCGCGGCGCGAACAAGUUUUUCCUCCUCUUCACAUCGUUUUUGUCCAAAAAGCCUGGCCUGAACACACAACAAAUAUCGACAUCAGCAUCCGACCUGCGCACAUAUCCUACACUACCGCUACUCAACUUCCUUGGCCUGCUGUUAAGGAGCGUAGAGAGAGGCGACCCGAGCUUAUUCAGGCAACUGAAGAGCCACUACGCGACGAAUCUGAAGGACGUGAACUGGAACGAGGCGCUGGACCAGCUGGGCGAGAUGUACUUCGGCAUCAAGGUGCCACGACAGGGCAAUCCUAUGAUGGAUAUGCUGGGCGGUAUGUUCGGUGGUGGUGGCUUUGGAGGCGGUGGCGGUGGUGCGAAGAAGAGCUCAGCGAAAGGCAUAGCACCGGCUGCUGCAGGGUUGGACUAG